AUGGCCGACGUCCCAGCGGAGUGCAACAUCAAGGUGCUGUGUCGCUUUCGCCCCCUCAACCAGUCGGAGAUCGUCCGGGGGGAUCUGUUCCUGCCCAAGUUCUCGGGCGAUGACACCGUCGCCGUCGGGGGGAGGUCCUAUGCCUUUGACCGCGUGUUUCCAACCAACACCACCCAGGAGCAGGUGUACAACACCUGCGCUAAGCAGAUUGUCAAGGAUGUGCUGGGUGGCUACAAUGGCACUAUAUUCGCAUAUGGACAGACCGCCUCCGGGAAGACUCACACCAUGGAGGGCAAACUCCACGACCCUCACCAGAUGGGUAUUAUUCCUCGCAUUGCUGAGGACAUUUUCAACCACAUCUUUGCAAUGGAUGAAAACCUUGAAUUCCACAUCAAGGUUUCCUACUUUGAAAUCUACAUGGACAAAAUCCGUGACCUGCUGGAUGUGACAAAGACCAACCUGUCUGUCCAUGAGGAUAAGAAUAGGGUGCCCUAUGUGAAGGGAUGCACUGAGCGUUUCGUCUCCAGCCCUGAUGAGGUCAUGGACGUGAUCGACGAGGGCAAAAGUAACCGUCACGUGGCUGUGACCAACAUGAACGAGCACAGCUCCCGAAGCCACAGCAUCUUCCUGAUCAACAUCAAGCAGGAGCAUGUGGAAACUGAGCAGAAGCUUUGUGGGAAACUCUACCUGGUUGAUCUGGCUGGCAGUGAGAAGGUGAGUAAGACCGGAGCUGCAGGAUCCGUCCUGGAUGAGGCUAAAAACAUCAACAAGUCUCUCUCUGCUCUGGGAAACGUCAUCUCUGCGUUGGCUGAGGGAACGAAAUCUCACGUGCCGUAUCGUGACAGCAAAAUGACCCGCAUCCUUCAGGACUCUCUCGGUGGCAACUGUCGCACAACCAUGUUUAUCUGCUGCUCUCCCUCCAGCUACAACGACACAGAGACCAAAUCGACUCUGAUGUUUGGCCAACGUGCCAAGACCAUCAGGAACACCGCCUCCAUCAACCUGGAGCUAACGGCGGAGCAGUGGAAGAAGAAGUUUGAGAAGGAGAAGGAGAAGAACAAGACCAUGAAGGAUACCAUCACGAGGCUGGAGGCCGAGCUCAACCGCUGGAGGAAUGGAGAAGACGUGCCUGAGACAGAGCAGACAACGGCCGACGUGGUGAUCCACACUGUGGAGGAGCGUCCCAUUUUGGACAACGACACCUCCUCCAUCGUAGUCCGUAUUUCCGAGGAGGAGCGUCAGAAGUACGAGGAGGAGAUCAGGAAGCUGUACAAGCACCUGGAUGACAAGGAUGAUGAGAUCAAUCUGCAGUGCCAGUUUGUGGAGAAACUGAAGCAGCAGAUGAUGGACCAAGAUGAGCUCCUGGCCUCAUCCCGUGGGGACGGGGACAAGGUCCAGGCUGAGCUUGGCAGGCUGCAGGUGGAGAGUGACUGUGCCAAGGCUGAGGUGAAGGAGGUGCUUCAGGCUCUGGAGGAGCUGGCCAUCAACUAUGACCAGAAGAGCCAGGAGGUGGAGGAGAAAGGCCUGCAGAACCAGCGGCUGGCCGACCAACUGGCCCAGAAAAUGGCCAGUCUGAUGGAGCUGGAGGCAGAGCUGUCUCGUAUGCAGGAAGUGAGCGGUCAGCAGAGGAAACGUAUCGCUGACGUCCUCAACGGCCUGAUGAGGGACCUCAGUGAGUUCAGCACCAUCGUUGGCAACGGCGAGAUCAAGUUGCCGGUGGAGAUCAGCGGCGCCAUCGAGGAGGAGUUCACGGUGGCUCGCCUCUACAUCAGCAAGAUCAAGUCGGAGGUGAAGAGCAUGGUGAAGCGCUGCCGACAGCUGGAGAUCAUGCAGCUGGAGUGCCACCGCAAGAUGGAGGAGACGGGAAGGGAGCUCUCCUCCUGCCAGCUCCUCAUCUCUCAGCACGAGGCUAAGAUCCGCUCUCUGACGGAGUACAUGCAGAGUGUGGAGCACAAGAAGAGGCUGCUGGAGGAGAGCCACGACUCGCUGAGCGAAGAACUGGCCAAGCUGCAAGACCAGGAUAACUCCCUGCUCGAGGGAAAGGAUGCAGAGAAGGGCGAGAUUGAGGAGGGAAAUGUGAAGAAGACUGUCCGUCAGCAGGGAGAUUCUCACCGCGGCCUCCAUCACCAGCAGCUGACCCGCCUGCGGGACGAGAUCAAUGAGAAGCAGAGGGUCAUCGAUGAGCUCAAUGAUCGUAACUCUAAGAUGGAGCUGGAGCUGGCUCAGGUUCGCGCGGACUUUGAGCGUCUGAAGAGUCAGGACAACUCCAAGAGCGAGCGCCUGGAGGAGCUCUCAUUCCUGCAUGAACGUCAUGAGCAGACCAAACAGGACUUGAGGGGUCUGGAGGAGACUGUCGCCCGCGAACUCCAGACCCUCCACAACCUGCGCAAGCUGUUCGUUCAAGACCUCACGUCGCGGGUUAAAAAAAGUUCCGAAAUGGAACCUGAUGAUAGUGGGGGGUCUUGCACCCAGAAGCAGAAGAUUUCCUUUCUUGAGAAUAACCUGGACCAACUUACAAAGGUUCACAAACAGCUGGUUCGUGACAAUGCAGAUCUGCGCUGUGAGCUUCCAAAGCUGGAGAAACGGCUUAGGUCUACUGCUGAGAGAGUUAAGGCCCUGGAGACUGCACUGAGGGACGCCAAGGAGGGCGCCAUGAUGGACCGCCGCCGCUAUCAGCAGGAGGUCGACCGCAUCAAGGACGCCAUGAGAGCCAAGAACGCCCUGCGUCGCCCCCACGCAGCACAGAUCGCCAAGCCGGUGAGACCGAAGCAGCUGCCAGGUUGCUCUCCCACAAAUCCAUUCUACACCUACAUCCGUGCCACUGAACAGGCCAACACCUACAGCAACGCCCUCUUCCAAGGAAGCGCGACACAGCAGAGCGCCGCCACCGCCACCUGCAACCCCAACUCUGUCCAGAGCAACACAGUUUCCACAGCCCUGGGCUACAGAGCAGGCAAAUAUAAUGGAGACACACUGGAGUCCUUCCCACUCAACAUUGACAAUGGUAACAACCUCAGUGAAACGAGAGACAUCAAUGACAACAGGAGUGAUGUUCACUGUGGCAGCGAGUUGGAUGAUACAAAAAGGCACUACAUCGUUCAGCAGGAGACGGCUGCAAGUUAA